AUGAAUAAAAAGAAGACAAAAAUAUGCUGUAUAUACCAUCCACAAGAUGAGGAUGAAGAAGGAUGUACGUCUGACCAUCAACACGACGAACUACCAGAAUCCUCAUCCUCUUCAUCAUCAGAGUCUGAAAACGAUAAAGAUCUGGGUUUCGAUGAGAGAAGGAAAAGAAGAGUAGAGAGGAGACGUCGCAAAUUGAGGGACAAUACAGAUAGUGCACCUAAUGCAUACGAAGUGCAACCAGAUUAUUCUGAACAUCGAAAGAAAAUGAUGGAAAAGAAGAGUAAUAAUACGUAA